CUCGGAAGGAAGGGCUUGUGCUUGCUUCAGGAAAUCAGACCUGCUUUGGAACUGGACUAUUUUGGCUCCCCUUGUAAGAACUCUGGUGGCUCUCUUGGCCCUGCAAGCUCCUCGACGUCACAGUACAUGGAAAAAUGCAAGCUUUACCAGACGUGAAAGCGCCGUGCGAGGCCCUUCCUUCCCCCGGCCUGGAGCCCUUCCCACAGAGCUCCAUCGUGGUCACCCUCGAGGACAUGGGGCUCUGGAUGAAGUUCCACCAGAUAGGAACUGAGAUGAUCAUCACCAAAUCUGGCAGACGAAUGUUUCCUCAAUGCAAAAUCAAAGUCUCUGGCUUAAUCCCGUAUGCCAAGUACCUCAUGCUGGUAGAUUUUGUGCCAAUGGAUAACUUCAGGUACAAGUGGAAUAAAGAUCAGUGGGAAGUUGCUGGAAAAGCAGAGCCCCAGCUCCCUUGUCGCACCUAUGUCCACCCAGAUUCCCCAGCUCCUGGCAGCCACUGGAUGAAAGAACCUGUCUCCUUCCAAAAACUGAAGCUCACUAACAACACUCUGGAUCAACAUGGGCAUAUCAUCCUGCACUCCAUGCACCGUUACAAGCCGCGCUUCCACAUCGUGCAGGCCGACGACCUCUUCAGUGUCCGCUGGAGCAUCUUCCAGGUGUUCAGCUUCCCUGAGACUGUCUUCACCUCUGUCACUGCCUACCAGAACGAGCAGAUUACAAAGCUCAAGAUUGACAACAAUCCAUUUGCUAAAGGUUUCCGUGAACAUGGGAAGAACACUCGAAGGGAAGGACGAGCCAAAUGCCAGAAGCCCAGUCCAGCCAAGAGCCAGAAGAGGAAGCUGCCUGAGGAAAAGGAGCCUGCUGCUGAGGAACGUGAUUUUGAGAAGGAUGAGAAUGUGGAUGUGAAGGAAGAGAGUAACCCCGUGGUGGUGAGCAGUGGCUAUCCCUUCUGGGGCUCGGAGCAGAACAGCAGCCAGGCCUUCCCUGCAGCCUCACCAGUGCCUGCUGAGCAGAGGGAAGCUCUGGCCAGAGAGCAGCAGGUGCCAACACCAUCCUACCACACAUACCGGUUCCACGAAGCUGGGGACAGCCAGCAGCUUCCCAGCCGUGACACCGCCACCUUGAACGAUUUCCGCGCCAGGUGCCACGCCUUGGAUCUCGCCAUGGUGCCCGAGCACGACUCCAAACAGCUCCCAGAGGGCUUCACCAACCUGCCCCCACUGCCCCCACCUCUGCCUCCUCCCCAGGACUACACAGGAGUGGUGAACAUGGCUCUGGACUCUGUGGGGAAAGCCGGGCCCCGGGCGCCCAUGUACAGUCCCUAUGGCACCGAGCAGGGCCUGGGGCAGUGGGUGGUGCCUUCCCACAGCCAGUACAGGGCAAUGAGCUACUCGGCCUUCUCCACGGAGUACAACACACAGGGAACUCCAGGACAUGCCCACGGCACCGUGGCAGAGUGGAGCCAGUACCCUCUGUUCCCCUACGCCUGCUGGUGAAUGGGGAGGACCCUUCCCAGUGAAAAGACUGAAAGAAAAUUGUAAAUGAGAUUGAAUUUACUGUUGGACUUGUGAAGCUUUGCCUACACUAGGCAGAGAUAUUGCUGCAAGCAGUAGAGUGGGACACCUUCACUUCCUUAUGUCCUUGCACAACAACCCUCACCAUAUUUCACAAGCAGUGGUUGAACUGGUGGCUGUCCCAGCCAUGUCAUUGUGGAUCAGGCUCAAUGUGUUGUGCAGUGGUUGUUUUCCCAGCAGGAGCAGGAAACCACAGGUCUGCAAGAACAGAAUUUAAAGAGCUGCUGAACUCACAGUCAGUGUUGGCACCUCUCAUUUGGCAGCUUCCAACAUCCCUUCCUCCUGGGACCUGGUGCAAGGAGAUAGGGGCUGAGGACUUCCAGUAAGCCAUCCACGUGGCCACAAAGCUGUAGAAAAUAUUGCAAAGGCGAGCAAAGCAAGCAAUCCUGGUGAACUCUGAGCAGCUUCCUCAGUCAGUGUAGUCAAAGUAAAGCGAGUCUUGCCUUUCUUCCAGCAGCAGGUGAGAGUAAAAUGCACAGCAAGGUGUGUCUGGAGCACAGCAGGUGCAGAGUUUGCAGAGUCUGCAUGCAGGGGAGAGUUUGUUCCAUGCAGGAGAAGUAGCAGCAAGGCUGUGUAUGCUGUCUUUCUGUC